CAUGUGUCCGCCGCUAAGCCUCCUGAGAAGAAAAUAAAAACAUUCAAUCUUUUUACGAUCUCUCACGACCAGGAGACACCAACCACACCAUGGAUGACAAGGCCAAAAAGGCCCUCAUUGAAGAGGCUAAGCAUGCCCAAGAGGUCGCUCAAGAGGUCGCCCUAUCGGGCGCAUACCUCUAUCCUUUCAAGGGCAUAGUGUACUUCGCGUACCACAAGGACCUCUGGCGUCCGCUCCUCUCACAAGUCGGACAAAUCAGUAGUCUCGGUUUCAGCGUGACAGGCGCCAUGUUCUUCUUCACCUACGUACCACAAGCAGCUAUCAUGUCUUUCACCAGCGGCCCGUUGGCGCCCAUAUCCGCCGCUCUGCUCAUCCUCAGCGAAAGUUCUGCGAUCACGAACUUUCUCGCUCGCUCUUUCCUCCUGGAAGAGGCACUGACGGAUACCUUCGACGGCACGCUCAUUGCCCGCGGUCAUGAGUCGCUUGUCGCGGAGGGUCGGCAGAUCAAGCGGCAGGCGGGUAGAGAUGCCAUUGCCCGGUUGGGCAAAAUGGUGAAGCGCCCCCUGGCUCGGAUGAAGCCGCAGGCGUUGCUGCAUACGCUUAUCCUUCUACCGUUGAAUUUUAUUCCGGUGGUGGGAACAGCGAUGUACGCAUAUGCGCAGGGAAAGAAGUUAGGGCCCGUGGCUCAUACGAGGUAUUUCCAGCUGAAGGGGUGGGGUGAGAAGCAGAAGGAUGCAUGGGUGGAGAAGAAUAGGGGGGCGUAUACGGGGCUUGGAAUGGCCUCGUUUGUGUUGGAAAUGAUUCCUUUCGCUUCUAUCGCGUUUUCGUUCACGAACACUGUGGGUGCGGCACUGUGGGCGGCGGAUUUGGAGGCGGUACGCAGGUAAAAUUUGUUGUAUAUACUCUGGUUGAAAACCAGCAUUCGAUAUACCUCUGGAAGUGUACAAUAAAAGCAUCAGUUUUGAGGGCCAUUCUUGGCAUACAAUCAUUACUCCGUGGGUGUUUAAUAAGGGUUUGAUUUCUGUUCAGGUACCUAUUUCAUUUCUUGUGGCGCCAGAUUGAUAGGAUAUGGUUCAAUUGCAAAUGAACACGGAUACAGUGGAGUAA